ACCGAGAAGUGAAAAGGAAAAGGGAGAACUUGGAAAAGAAAAUAAAGAAGGGAACCCCUCCUCUCCAAGUCACGCGUCUCCCACCUCGCCGGCGCCGGCCGCCUCCCGCCCUUCGCCGUUCCCCGCCGCCGCUGCCGCCAUGAGCGCUCUCCAGGCAUCCCUCCUCCUCCGCCCCCUCCCCUCGUUCCUGCCCCCGCGCCGCCGUCUGUCACUGCCCCCCGCCUCAGUCUCCUUCCCCCGCUCCCCGCACCACCACCGCCGCCUCCCGCUCUCCCACCGCGCAUUGGCCGCCGACGGACCCCAGCCUGCUCCCUCCCCGUCCCCCGAGCCUCCUGCGGCGUCUGCGGUGGCGUCAGCUCCGGAGGCGGAAGUCGAGACGGGCCCCGCCGCUGCGAAGGGCGGGAAGGAAGAGCUGGAGGACCUGGUGGACAAGGCUAGGGUUUGGGCCGUGGCGUUCGCGGCCGCGGUGGUCGCGGCGGCCAGGAGGUUUUUCGACUGGGUGGUGUCUGGAGAUUGGAUGGGCUGGUGGCCCUUCUGGCGCCCCGACCGCCGCCUGCAGCGCCUGAUCGACGACGCGGACGCCGACCCCAAGGAUGCUGCCAAGCAGAGCGCGCUGCUCCACGAGCUCAACAAAUUCAGCCCGGAAGAUGUCAUUAAAAGAGUUGAGCAAAGAAGUCAUGCAGUAGACAGCAGGGGGGUUGCAGAGUACCUUCGAGCUCUUAUUCUCACCAAUGCUAUAGUUGAUUACCUACCAGAUGAACGGUCUGGGCGUUCAGCAAGUCUACCUGCUCUGUUGCAAGAACUGAAGCAACGCGUAUCUGGGAAUGAGGACAAGCCUUUCUCGAAUCCGGGGAUAUCAGACAAGCAACCGCUACAUGUAGUAAUGGUUGAUCCUAAAGCUACAGGUAGACCAACUCGGUUUGCUCAAGAGAUCUUCUCAACUAUCUUGUUCACAAUCGCUGUUGGGCUAAUGUGGGUAAUGGGUGCUGCUGCACUUCAAAAGUACAUUGGUAGCUUAGGUGGAAUAGGCGCAUCUGGCGUCGGUUCCAGUUCAUCAUAUUCUGCAAAAGAGUUGAAUAAAGAUAUCACGCCAGAGAAGAAUGUGAAAACAUUUAAAGAUGUCAAAGGCUGUGAUGAUGCAAAGAAAGAACUUGAGGAGGUUGUUGAGUAUCUAAAAAAUCCUACAAAGUUUACCCGCCUUGGUGGAAAGCUACCUAAGGGAAUACUUUUAACUGGAGCUCCAGGAACUGGAAAGACACUACUUGCUAAGGCCAUUGCUGGGGAAGCUGGUGUGCCAUUCUUUUACCGUGCAGGUUCUGAAUUUGAGGAAAUGUUUGUUGGUGUUGGUGCUCGGAGAGUGAGGUCCUUGUUUCAAGCUGCAAAGAAAAAGGCACCAUGUAUUGUUUUCAUUGAUGAAAUAGACGCCGUGGGAUCUACUAGAAAACAGUGGGAAGGGCACACAAAGAAAACUUUGCAUCAACUUCUUGUCGAGAUGGACGGUUUUGAACAAAAUGAGGGAAUAAUAGUAAUGGCCGCGACAAACUUGCCAGACAUUCUUGAUCCAGCGCUUACAAGACCUGGUAGAUUUGAUAGACAUAUUGUCGUCCCUAGUCCUGAUGUGCGAGGCCGCCAAGAUAUUCUAGAGCUCUAUUUGCAAGACAAGCCUGUGGCCACUGAUGUGGAUGUCAAUGCGAUCGCCCGCAGUACCCCUGGCUUUAAUGGGGCUGAUCUUGCAAACCUGGUAAACAUUGCAGCAAUUAAAGCUGCAGUUGAAGGUGCUGACAAGUUGACUGCUUCACAAUUGGAGUUUGCUAAAGAUCGUAUCAUCAUGGGAACUGAGAGGAAAUCAAUGUUCAUAUCUGAUGAAUCGAAAAAGCUUACUGCCUAUCAUGAAAGUGGGCAUGCUAUUGUUGCACUCAAUACCAGGGGUGCUCAUCCCAUUCACAAGGCAACUAUCCUGCCUCGUGGAUCUGCCCUUGGAAUGGUUACACAACUCCCCUCACAGGAUGAGACUUCUAUCAGCAAGAAACAACUCCUGGCACGUCUUGAUGUUUGCAUGGGCGGAAGGGUCGCUGAAGAGCUCAUAUUUGGGGAAGAAAAUGUUACGACUGGUGCAAGAAAUGAUCUUCAUACUGCAACAGAGCUUGCUCAGUAUAUGGUAUCGAACUGUGGGAUGAGUGAUGCUAUUGGUCCUGUGCAUGUGAAAGAAAGGGCAAGUGUUGACAUGCAAUCAAGGAUAGAUGCAGAGGUAGUCAAACUCCUAAGAGAAGCUUAUGAGCGGGUCACACAUUUGCUCAAGAAGCAUGAGAAGCAAUUACAUGCUUUAGCAAAUGCCCUGCUGGAGCGUGAAACUCUCACUGCAGAUGAGAUCAACAAAGUGGUUCAUCCCUACCAAGAAGAACCCCAGCUUCCCUUCCAAGAAGAAGCCUUUGCGCUAACUUAACUUAGUCAUAGUAAGUACCAUCGUUGCAUCAAGGCGGUUGUUCCAACUGUAAAUCUGUGUACAGUACUUGGAACGUCAACUCCCCAGUUCUCACUCGCCAUUUUACUAAAAAUGCGGGUAAACCUGGGUGCGUUUUGCUUCUUGGCACUGUUAGACGAGCAUGCAUGAAAUUUAAAAGGUGACAUCGAUUAUUGGUGUUGAGGAGGGUACUGCAUGCUUAUGAGCUAUCACCAUGUCUUUUGACUCAGAGACUUACCCUGGCGCCGGCGGCCUUUGCCCAACAUGAGCCCUGAAUUAAGAAGUUCAUCAUACUCGAUUUAGUUAGGGAAGUAUACAGGUGUAACAUUGCAUAUAUUGAAUGCUAGGAUUUAUUUUUUUUGACCUUCUCCCCCAUUGUUGUUGUUAAGAAAACCGUACAUAAAAUGGAUGUGUUCACAUUGCGUUGUGACAUGGUAAGAUGGACGUGAAGGCUUACAAUGUGUGACAUGUUUUGUUUAGGUUUUCUUUUGAGGAACAUGCUGUUUCAAAACUGUUAGUGUCUUAUGACACCACCAUAAGAGUCGAAUUCU